UUUUUAAUGACGGGGAUGUUAAUUCCUGGAGUGAUUGCGGGAUUUAGUGGGCGGAGCUGAGAGCUGGAAUAGCUGAAUGCCAUACUGACCUAAAAUCCGUAAAAUCCAAGGCAGACGGUAAAGCAGUAUAUCCGGGCAGCAGAUCGCGAUCAGCACUACUGGCACUGGGUGGAAACGGGGAAGGUGAGGUGGACGGACAGAGAUCCCCAGUACAGAACGACAUGGCCGUCAGCAAAGCGCAGAGUUUCCUGAUCACCGGAGCCAACCGGGGCCUCGGCCUGGAGAUGGUCAAACAGCUGGUCGAGUCCCGAGCUUCCACCUGCCGGCUGUUUGCCGCCUGCCGCGACCCCGAUGCCCCAAAGUCGCAGGCUUUACAGGAUCUGGCUAAGAAGUACCCCAAUGUCAUCACUGUGAUCCAGCUUGAUACCACAGACCCAAGAAGUGUGAAAGAGGCAGCGAUGAAGGUGGGGGACAAGCUGGAGGGGGCUGGACUGAACGUGCUGGUGAACAAUGCAGGUGUGCUGCCACAUGGGGAUCUGCUACACACCAGCGAGGAGGACUUCCAGGUGGCGAUGGACACCAACCUCAUGGGCCCAGUCAGAGUCACUAAGGAGUUCCUGCCCUACCUCCUCCAAGCCUCCAAAGCCUCCACCCAGCCGGGCAUGUCCUGCUCCAAAGCUGCUGUGAUCAACAUCUCCGCCCUCUUGGCAUCCAUAAAGUUAGUCCCAGAGAGAUACACCUUCAUCCCCGCCAUCUCCUACAGGAUCAGCAAGACUGCGCUGAACAUGUUUAACCAGUGUGCCGCGUUUGAGUUCACCAAGGACGGGAUCCUCUUCGCUGCCAUUCACCCUGGCUGGGUCCGCACGGAUAUGGGGGGUCCCGAUGGGGACAUUGACGCUGUAGAGAGUGUGCAGGGAGUCCUGAAGGUGAUGGACUCCCUCACUGAGAAGGAGAAUGGAGCCUUCCUGGAUUACCAUGGCAAACAACUGCCUUGGUGAACACGUGCGCCCCCAACAGGAUCUGAAUUAAGGUGGAUGUGAAUAAUAAUUCGAUUCUGUUUUGUGAUUUUGCCUUGUCCCUGUUGCCUUGACAGAAAUAGCAGCUUUUCAAUUAAUUUCAGCUUCUCAAACAUCUAAUCUCAUCCAUUUUCAAAUACUUAUUCCCCAGGAGCAAAUAUACAUUCUUUUAUAAGGGAGGGUGCCAUAAUUCAUGCAGAGCGGCCGACCUUUUCAUUAGCCAAUAAUGCGUUUUCAAUUGAUGAGUGACAAGGCAGGGAGCACUCCAAAGGCCAAUCAGCUGUGGCCAGUGCCCUGUGGUCCCGCCCCUGUAUAUGCCCCUGUUAUCCAGUCUGAGGUCAUGGGGGCCUGGUACAUAAACUAGGACACACAGGGAUCAAUGCUGGGGUACAUCCUGGUUGGGCUCCACCCUGAAUGGGAUGCCAGGCCCAGCGAACAUGCACACAUUCACAUGCUGUUGACAAUUUAGAGAUACCACUUCACCUAAUUAGUAAAUGUCUGUAUGUCACUGGAGGAAACCAAGGCAAUGGAGCAAACCAUCUCUACUCCAUUCAGAGGUGGAAUUUGAGGUGUGAGGACACAAUGCUAACUGUUGCCCCCCCCCCCCCCUCCUCUCCCACCGUGAAUGUCUAGAUUAGAAUGAUAAAUACAGCCACUGCUGGAUAAUAGAGAGCAUGUUUGUUUCUUCUAUUCCAAUAAAACAAAAUCAGGAGUCAAACAAAAAAACCUUCAUCUUCCAUUGAAAAUACAGAGCAUGUUUGUUUCUUUUAUACCAAUAAAAAGAAGCUAAACAAAAAAUGUUCAUGUUACAUUGACAUAAAUAUAUCACAGGAAAUAUUGUGAGAAUAACGUAAAGUUUGCUGUCGAGUUAUAAACUAGGAUUGUCGCCGAUAGCGUGAAUUCAGGGGAAGUUUGUUACCUUUCUUUGCAUUUUGCAUUGUAACAGAUAUAUAAUGCGCCUAGCGUAAGCAGUGAUGAACAGGGGUGAAGGCCAGGAGGAAUUCUGACAGACCUUCUGAUUUAAAAGGUUUUUUUUUGUUUUACUACGCUGCCAUAGUUUUUCUUUCUUAAUCAGAGCAUUUUCCGAUGGACACAGACAAGUCUUGUCUCAGACGUGGCUGUUCAUGCACAAUCCCUGGUCAUGUAUUAUUAAAAACACUGCAAUAUGUAACAACCGAUAUGAGUUUAUGCUUUAUAAUUGCUUUGGCGUGCAUUAAAUGAUGUGUGUGGUACAUGUACAAUGAAAAUAAAGAUAUUCUGUUCUAUUUCAUUCUAAUGUCUUAAGCGCAUGGUAGUUGCUACUAGGCAACUGGUCUAGUUCAUCAGAAAACGUGCCCCAACAUGCGUUUUUUUACUAGCUAAUGUUCAGGUGUUUUUUACUCACCCUUCGUCUAACUUCCUCACCUCAGUUGGAAAGCCAGCUUAAUUUGUAGCCCUGGAUUUAAUAUUUGAUUAGUGAGUUCUGACUGGUACGUGGGUAAACUGCGGUAUCGUAACCUUCCUUGGCAACUUUCAGUUAGUUUACCUUCUUUUGUUGUUAAGUAGCUGCCUGACAGAGCCUUUCAAUUUUUUUAUAAAUAGUUUUGCUUGACUUGACUUUUCCUUCUGGGAGUCAGCCUUCUUGAAACCUGUAUUUCAUACGGGAGGUGUUUCACAGAUCACACAUUCGUAGAAUAUAACUAUUAUGAUAUUAUUAAAAAAAAUGUGCCAAAUAUCCAUGAUGUAAUCAACUGAGUAUGUAUUUGCACCUUUUGUUAGUCUGAGUUUCUGUUAGCUACUUUAGUCCUGAAUCUAUGAAUAUUCACUUUUAUCAGCGUAUAUUUUAUCACUAUGUUAAAGGACAAAUAUAUUAUCAACCUUCUAGUUAGACAAUGUGUAACAGGCUGAAGCUGCCAAUGUUACUACUGAAGGAAGGGAUUCGCCUGAAGUUCACGGCUCAGCAUUUUUAAAAAACCGAGUGGAGAUGGUCGCGCCACCAUUAUGUUCAGCCGAGAGACCAAACGGUAAAAGAAAUGACUGACAAACUUAUCACCUAGGGGUGUGGAUUAAGGGGAAAAACAAUGUUCGUGAAUGGCUGAAGGAAUGAUGAUGCUUAAGUGACGAGAUAUUGUUAAAUGAUAAGAACUUAUAUAAAAAUGGGUGUAAAACAGUAUUGGACACUCUUUAGGUGUCCGGCCUUGGUUGUAACUUUAUUGUUGCAAUAAAGUCUGAUUCUGGAUACUGCACAA